AUGUACCAGCUCAGUGGUAUUCCCAUAUCAGAGAGGGGCGUAGGCGCGAAUCAGGAUAUCAAGAAGCAGACAAAAGGGAAUACCACAGCGCCGCCCAUGCUCCAGGAGCGGGCCCCGUCUGAAAUCAACUUCAUCAGAAAUCGCAUGCUCUACGCUCGAGCUGCUCUUACCGCCAAGGGCACGGUUCAGUAUGGACUGCGGCACAUACAACGGGAAAUUGAAGGAGAGAGAUCAAGAACGAUACAGGCGAACGAGCGCAACACGCUGAAAGUCAUGAUGUACAUCUUCCCUCGACAAUUCGGCUUACACAAUGCCUUCACCUCCAAAGUUGACCACUCCAAGACAUCGCAAAAGUUUGCAGACUACUCUGUCCGCGAAGAUGAGAUCUCGACAACGUUCAAGGGGCGCGAUAUCAAGCUUCCAAAGAGACUGCGCGGAGACGCAAAACGACUGGUGCAGAGGCUACAACUUCUCCACGGUCGUUGUGCUUACGCUGAGAUACUGCGACAUUACUGCCCUUCUGCCGUUGAUUUCAAAGCCCAGAAAUCCGUCUCAAAGAAGCCGGUAAAGCAGUCCAAGGGACUUAAUCCUGCACCGGUGGCGGGAAGAGAAAACCAAACAGUCGUUACAUCUAGACCCCCCAGAAAUAGCACACAGAACCGCUACAAGCUUCACCAACCCACGGUGCUUCCGCAGUUGCCCAAGUUUGAUGCGAUCACUGACUUGGCAACUCCCGCAGCUCAUGUUUCCGCAUUCUGUCAGGCUGUAUUAGCCAAGAUUAUACCAGAUGAGAUGUGGGGCAAUGGUGAGGACGGAACUCACAACAAGAGUCAAAUUCUGAGGAAGGUCGAUCACUUUGUCAAAUUGCGGAGAUUCGAGGCUAUGUCCCUUUGCGAGCUCGCAGACGGCAUUAAGAUUACCAGUAUGGAGUGGUUGGCGCCUCCAGGUCUCAAAGGCCAGAAGACCAGCUUGACUGACAUGAAGAAACGACGAGAGAUUAUGAACGAGUUUUUGUAUUACAUUUUCGAUUCGCUGUUGAUACCCCUUUUGCGCAGCAACUUCUACAUUACGGAGUCGAGCUCCCACCGUUAUCGUCUCUUUUUCUUUCGGCAUGACGUUUGGCGAUACGUCGCAGAACCAGCAAUGGCGACACUCCGAACAAACAUAUUUGAGGAGAUCAAGCUUGACCGGGCUACCGCAGUGCUUGACUCCAGACGACUGGGCUUCAGUCGUAUCAGGCUUCUGCCCAAAGGAAAGGGUAUGCGGCCGAUCACGAACCUGCGGAGGCGAACAGAGAUCAGGGGCAGGAGCUCCAUUCUCGGUCCAAGCAUAAACACCGUACUAGGCCCGGUACAUUCCAUGUUCAAGCUCGAAACGCAAAUUAACCCCUCCAGGCUUGGGUCAUCCAUGUUUUCGGUGGGUGAUCUCUACCAUCGCCUAAACGCCUUCAAUGCCAGAUUUGGCAACCAUCGGCCAGUAUUCUACUUCGCCAAGGUAGAUGUACAGUCUGCCUUCGAUACCAUCCCUCAGGAGGCUGUGAUGAAGCUGAUGGACGGCAUUCCGAGUCAAGAACAAUACAUCAUCAAGAAGCACGUCGAAGUCAAAGCCGGAUUACUGGAUUCUCAACAUCAGAAGAAUGCGGUAUCAACAGUAACGCGACGGUGGCAUUCCAUCGCCGUCACCUGCAACGAUACCACUGAUUUUUCGCAGUUGGUGGAGAAGCGCCUCGGCAUAAACCGCAAGAAUACCGUUUUCGUGGGCAACACCAUGAGGAAGGAGCUAGAGACGGAGGCACUGAUGGCGCUGAUGGCAUCGCAUAUCAAGCAGAACCUCGUCAAGGUGGGCAAGAAAUUUUACAGGCAAAAGAAGGGCAUCCCACAGGGCUCUGUAUUGUCUUCAGCUCUGUGCAACUAUUUCUACGCCGACCUCGAGGCGCAACAUCUGUCGUUCCUGUCAGAAGGGGAGGGGCAGGAGGUUGAGGGAGGAGAUUGUCUGCUCCUGAGGCUGAUUGACGACUUCCUCCUCAUCACGACGAACCAGGCGAAGGCGCGCAGGUUUGUGGGGGUCAUGCACGGCGGUCUGCCCGAGUACGGCGUCGCCGUCAGCCCCAACAAGACUUUGGUCAACUUUGACAUGGACUUUGAUGGUACGAGAGUAGCCAGGCUUCCGGAUGGGGCUCGAUUCCCUUAUUGUGGACUGGGCAUCGACUGUGACACCCUCGACAUUGUCAAAGACCGAGGUUAUGUCAAAGAUACAGACGCCUUCAAAAUCCAGUCCCACCUCAUGUUCUACGAUACCAAGCACAACACCAUCAAAACCGUCAUGUCCAACCUCCACAAGGCCUUUGCCGAGACGGCCGAGAAAAUGUGGGCGUACUGGCGCUGUCUGCCCACCAGCAAACGACCCGGUGACGGGCUCGUCAUGCAGACCCUGGCCAAAGUAAUCGACGUGGCUUUCGGGUUGCUCACGAGUAAGUCUCGGAGGGAAAAGUACCCAGAGUACGAUUGUGCCCUGGAGAAGACGCACGUUGCGUGGCUCGCUCUCGAUGCAGUGAAGAUGAUUCUCGCGAAGAAGCAGGCAAACUUUACGACCGUCUUGUCGUGGAUUGAUAAGGAGCUCGGAUGUCUCGACUCCCGGAAGACAGCCCGGGCGAGGAAGUACAUACGAGGGUGA